AUGGAGAUGGUGCAGGUGGAGUUUGAGUAUGAGUACACAGGCAGGGACGGGGCUCUGGUCUCCAUCAAGCCCAACGACAGGUAAUUGAAUUGAAAAUAUUUAUUGUCCAUAAAAUAUUUCACAAAAUGAAAAUGUGUCUUCAGCUUGUGGUUAAAUUAGUACAAUUACAAACAAACAGAUCAGACAACAUGAUAUAGAUGAUACAACUUAGCAAUACAUAUACAGUACACACUGUUUUGCACAGCCCAAACACAUUGUUUACAUUGCCUCUUUGGGCCUGUAAUGUUCACAGGUACAUACUGGUCUCCAGGACCAACGACCACUGGUGGCACGUCCGGAAGGACCAGGGCACCAAGCCCUUCUACAUCCCUGCAAAGUAUGUGAGGGAGCUCUCUCUGGAGACCCAGGGCCCACUGGACCUCACCGAUCCUGGGUCUCAGAGUCACACAUCCCCGCAGGCAACAACUGACUGUGAGCCACUGAAGAUGUCUAACAAAGGUCAAAGGCCAAGCGCUGUGAUGAGGGUCCACGUGUCCACGGAUCACUCUGCGAGAUCACUUUCCACUCACAGGAAGUCCGCGUUUGGGGUCUCACAAGACAUCGAUGAUAUCAAGCAGUAUGAGCACGUGAAGACAAUGGUGGGACUGCAGACCUCAAACAACGAGACUAGAGAUAUUCCGCCAUGUGAUCUGAAGAGGCAUAGUUUAGCUCCAGGUGUCUCAUUCACCUCAGCCUCAGACGCUCCAGGCCUUGGUGAUUUGCUGCAGCACCCUUCCCUAAAGCUCCUUGUCCCACCCGAGCCCACAAGUGGACUUCCCCAGUUGCAGUCAAGCCCUCUUCUGCUUAUCAAGGAUCCAGUUGAACAGCAGAACUCAGACGGCCGGAUGAUGAAAACACUAGCAGGGGAUCCUAGUGGGCAAUCUCAUUUAUAUCAGGACUCCAAUAUCUAUGAGACUAUAUCAGAUAUACCACGCUCAGAGUUGACAGACAUAGUGGGAACAGAACUGGCUGGAUCUCUGGUUGCAAUGAAAACACCAGCAGAACAACAGCAGAGCCUGGAUCAAACGUGUGGUCCGAUUGAUGUUACAGCCCCUUCUCCUUCGGAUCAG